GAAUUGUUUAUAUAGUCGUUGCCGACGUUGUUUCGUUCACUUGCACAAACACCAUUUUAAUUUUAACAAAUAAGUGUUAAUCAACGCUGUUUCAAAGAAAUUUGUUUAACUGUUGAUAUGGGGAAAAUAAAAUGCGGACCUAUAGUCGAAGCUAAAGGAGAUGAAAUGACAAGAAUAAUAUGGGAACUGAUAAAAGAGAAGCUGUUGUUUCCAUUCUUGGCAAUAGAGAUUCAUUCUUUUGACCUUGGGAUUGAAAAUCGAGAUGCUACUGAUGAUCAAGUAACGGUAGACUGUGCUCAUGCAAUACAAAAAUUCAAUGUUGGAGUGAAGUGUGCUACCAUAACUCCAGAUGAAAAUCGAGUUGAAGAGUUUAAGCUGAAGAAAAUGUGGAAAUCUCCAAAUGGAACAAUUAGGAAUAUUCUUGGUGGAACUGUUUUCCGGGAAGCCAUCAUCUGUAAAAAUAUCCCUCGCUUGGUUACUGGGUGGAAGAAACCCAUUAUCAUUGGUCGUCAUGCAUAUGGAGAUCAAUACAAAGCUACAGAUUUUGUUGUUCCUGGAUUGGGAAAAUUAGAAAUUAAAUUCACACCAUCUGAUGGAAGCGAACCAAUUUGUCAUACAGUAUUUGAUUUCCAAGAUGGUGGAGGGGUAGCUCUUGCAAUGUACAACACAGAUAAGUCAAUCAGAGACUUUGCUCACAGUUCAUUCAAGUAUGCUUUAGAAAAAGGAUAUCCACUGUAUAUGAGUACCAAAAACACAAUUUUAAAAAAAUAUGAUGGUCGUUUUCGUGACAUCUUCCAAGAAAUAUAUGAGAGCGAUUAUAGAAUGCAAUAUGAAGCCAAGGGCUUGUGGUAUGAGCACAGAUUGAUAGAUGACAUGGUUGCUCAAGCCUUGAAGUCUGAGGGAGGCUUUGUUUGGGCUUGUAAGAACUAUGAUGGAGAUGUUCAGUCUGACUCAGUAGCUCAGGGUUACGGUUCCCUUGGCAUGAUGACAAGUGUAUUGAUGUGCCCUGAUGGGAAAACUAUUGAAGCUGAGGCAGCACAUGGCACAGUCACGCGCCACUACCGAUUUCACCAACAAGGAAAAGAAACGUCAACCAACCCUAUAGCAUCAAUAUUUGCCUGGACUCGGGGAUUGGCUCACCGGGCAAAACUUGACAAUAAUGUAGAUUUAGCAAAAUUUGCUAACAACCUCGAACGUGUUUGUAUAGAAACCAUUGAGGCUGGUUAUAUGACUAAAGAUCUGGCCAUCUGCAUCAAGGGUCUUAGCAAAGUUACACGCUCAGAUUAUCUUAACACCUUUGAGUUUUUGGACAAGUUAGCAGAAAAUUUGGUGAAGAAAUUAGAGCAGUGACUGCUGAAAAGUUCCAUAAGCCGACUCUGAGCACAAAUGACACUAAUCAAGGGCUUAAAUCUUCAGGUUGUUAUAUCAUUCCUCAUGUUAUGUUAUUAGGAAAUUCCAAAAUGGUACAAUAAAUCAGAAAUUUUUAAAGUAUAGUAAUUGAAUAUCUAAAUAACCUUCGAGUAUUCAUUUUUUGUAAUAUACAAACCUAAUUGAACAAAGCAUACUGUACGAGAUAUAUAUAUAUAUAUAAGCACUGUACUGUAUAUUUUGUUUAUUACCUGAAAAAUAUCAUGUAACACGAUAUUCAUAGUAAAGCAAGAACCUAUUACAUUGUGUUUUUUUCAUGAGGUUUGUGAAACUGUUUAUAGUAUAGUAUGCAAAAGUUACCAUUACAUGGACCAAAAAAAGGGUUUUAAAAAACAAGUAAGACAUUGACAGCAUCUUCAACAAAUAUAUAAUAUUCUUUCAUAAGUACUCCAAAUCUUUACAUAUGAAGUCUUCUGUUCCAGUAUCUCUAUAUUUAAAUUUAGUUUGUCAUUAUAACAGAUGCUAAAUGAUUAAAUAGAAAUGACUGUCCACAGGACACUGGUUUAUCCUUUUUGUCAUAUUCAAAGAAAGAUGUCCUUGCUUUUAUUACCCAGAUGUCACAUGACUAGGUGAAGUGUCUUUAAUGUCUUGACAUAUGAUUUUCAUUUUCCCGUGACAAAAUUCGAAUUGCCUUUAUUUUCAGCUUAGUUGGUCACCUCCCUAGUCAAAGGUGACAAACGGUAUUAUUAAACUUGGUUUUCAAUCAAAUUA